AUGGAAGGCGACAAUACCUCUGAAGAUGUUCAAGACGAACGGUCUCCACCACCAAAGCGGCGAAACAAGAUUAGAUACCCCAAGAAGCGGGUUGCGGUUGCUUGCGAAGUGUGCCGAUCCAGACGCACGAGAUGCGAUGCAGCUCGUCCAGCGUGUUCUUUUUGCUCUCAGCUCGGCAUCGAAUGUGUCUAUAGAAGACAGCCGGCAGAUGUGCGCACACAUGAAGACAAAGAUAAAGUAGACUAUAACGAAGACAUCGUGUGCCGACUACAACGCAUCGAGCAAUUAUUAUCGCGGGACCUUCGGGACCGAUCAAGUCCUUAUCACGCUCCUAGACCUCCUAUUCGUCACGAGACACCGGACGCAACUCUUUCCCAACAUCCAACUCCGGUUGUCCAGUUCGAGUAUGGCAUUCAUCUCAACAAUCUUGCUCGGCUUGCAGGGCAGGCUUGUCCUGCGGCUCUGGAGCCUCUGUGUCUCGAUAACACCGAGGAGCAGCUUGAGAUGCUAAUGCAACAAGGAGACAGCCUAUUCUCAAACCCUUGCAAGGACAUCCACGAACUUGACCUAAGUUCUUGGAAAUGUUGGCAGCUGCAGCGUUCCUUCAUCACAGAAGCGCUGCCAUUUUGUCCCAUAAUCGAACAACACGACUGCGCUGCAAUUAUUGAACGUAACGUCGAAAAAAAGUUUGAAGAUAACGGCCUUGAAGCAUCGCUGGCGCUUUUCAUGCUAGCUUUAGGCGAGAUCUCCAGGCAGAGCCAUUAUACCAAUGACGAAAAUUUGCCUGGUUCUGAUUAUUUCCAAGCUGGAUGUCGCCUUCUCGACGCUGAACAACGCUCAGCCAAUACCCUUCUCUUGGUCCAAUGUCACAUCUUCGAAGCAUUCUGCUGGCUCCAUUGGCUGAGACCGCUACAAGCUCAUAAGGCCAUUCAAGCAGCCUCGUCCAAGGUCACUAUUUUGCUUUCACUUCCAAAGCUGUUUCCAGAGAACAGUCCGGCUCGUGAGCAAUGCCAUCGCGCGCUUUGGGCCUGCUACUUGAUUGAGCUCGAGCUGCAACCUUACGUAUCACGAAGUGGACACCUUUUGCAGAACUGGGUGGACGAUGUCCCGCUACCGCUCAGUAAUUACGACGAGCCCGGCAUGUUUUGGUUCCUGUCCGAAAUUGCGCUCCGACGCAUCUAUUCCAACCCGCGGAAUGGCAUCAAUUCCAACAACACUUUUACGGUUUUCGCACCGUUGGUUGUCGACGAGAUAUCGAACCAGAUCUUGGGGUGGCAUGCCACCCUGGCCGCUCCUGUUGCAUUUCCGCUUCACCUUCCGGGCCACGAGUCCCAAAAUCUAGAGGAAAUCCGCUUACUCCCACAUCUUGACCCACAUAAAGCCUUCCUCCGGACACAAUUCUACGCUUUGCAGACAAUUCUGCAUUGGCCGUAUGUUUUGCGGCUACUCACAAGCCGCGAUCUGGUAGAUUGGCAUCCCUCGGAGAGUGAAUACGCAAGCACAGUUCGCGGAGCAAUGAAGUCGAUCCACUAUGCUGUCUUGAGUAUCUAUUCUGCCGAACCUCUAAUGCACAAUCGACACUUGAUGCUUCUGGAAACCAUGACUGGUGUCUUCUAUCUAACUAUGAUGCUGGCUGCUACAUUUCAAGUUCCUGAGUUAGCCGCAGCGCAGCAUCCCAAAGGUCAGAACGCUAUCUGGUUAGGUCUGAAAUAUCUUAAAGUCUGGGAGGAAAACUCAAGCAUCGCGUAUAAGGUUUGUAUGGUGGAAAGUCUGUUACAUCAGCGGUGUAUAGAACCUUCACGUUAG